CCAAAUCCAAAUCCAUGAUAGAAUGAAUGACACCUCUUACAAGAAGGACAACUUGCAUUUGCAAAGCAUCAAAAUUUGUUUAUGUUUUUUAUAUCGGCGUGCUAACUUCUAAAAAAUUGAUCUAAAAAAUCAGAAUAUAUCACAUAGUAGGACGAAAAUAAUGAAGUCAGGCCUACGGCGUCCGCGUGUUGCGGAGCACGCGAAGAGGGAACGAAGCCGGGAAGGCGCUGUCGACGAUGCAGAAGCGCAGAGGCUUCGCCAGGAAAAUGCGGUAUUCGGAAUAUACCAUUAAUAGUAAGGAGCAGGCCUAUCCAAAUUUUGAUGCUUUGCAAGAACAAAAAUAAAGUUUUCCCGUGUAGCCCGAACAAAGUACGUCGCUUACUAUGCUCACUGUAUACAAGACAACGCUCAGGGUUGAAUGGUUCCGGUAUUUGGUAACCUGAAUUUGAUCACAAGGGUUCUCUUUUUGUUUUCCCGUAUGAUCAAACUCAGGUUACCAAAUACCGGAAGCAUCCGAGGGUACACAACGCUCACGAUUAAUAUUGAUAGCGACGCGCGGCGCCUAGAAUAGAUGGAUCCUACUUAGCAUGGCCAUUACUAUAAUAACUGCACUUCUCUAUCCUCUGCCUACAUUUCUUCCUUUUUAUUUUCCUAGUUAGUUUGGCUCCACCCAUAUUAUUGUUAGCGACGCUCAUGAUUAUUGAUCAUGUUAUUUGCCACAUGAUGAAGUUAUGAUCGUGAGUAAGGAGCAGGCCUAUCUUUAAUGCCAACUGAUGUUAUUGUUAGUAGGAACAGAUAGGCACUGUCCAGGUUCUAGGCUGUGCGAUCGAGGAGCUAUUGCGGGAUGAAGGUCUCUCCGCGUCUCUCAAGGGUGGUCCUAUCAGUAUGAAUGGAAAAAAUAUGUUCAGGAUGGACAUGAUAGUAAGUCUAAGUACUUGAUUAAAAAUUUUCUUAUUCAUUUUCUCGUCUAGAAGUUAAGGCUCUGCUGGGAGAAGUAACAGAGAAGCAGAAGCUCAGUCACUGAAGACUCUUCUCUAAAAAAAAUAGAUCCUUUAUCAUCUAUUGAGCAUCUGUGAGAAAGGUCUGUCGUGCUUUCACUAUCGCCCGUUCACUAGUACCCGGGAACGGAGCGACACUGCGCUGAACAAUAUCGUAAAGAGUCUCGUGGCUGAAAAUGCGCGCCUGCGGCAUCGAGCGGCAACGUGGAAGCAGCGCGCUCUAGAGGAAAGCGCACUAGUAGAUGAGCUGUGGGAAGUUGCUCUCGCUUUGCCUGCAAUCGAAUACCUGAAGGUAGAGCAAAAGCAGGCUACACGAUACAGAUCAAGAAAAGUGAUCUGAGGCACCUUGCCGAAUAGAUUCAAAUAAUUAGAGGGAAAAAGUGAACACUGUGACAAGUAGAUGUAGACGAUUUUCGGAUGCUCCUUUUAUGAAGGUAAUAUAGCAUUGAUAACUCAAGUAGAAACACUAACUCUAAAAAUCACUACACAGGAUGGCGAACGCAAGGCUUCCACUGAAGAAUUGCAGGCUGAGCUCGCACGCGAGAGGAAGUUAUGACUCACAGAGUCCAUGAUCCUACUGCCUUCGUACUGUAUAUAAGUACUAUGUAUAAUGAUGCACAAAAAGUACUUAUAUGCUCGAAUAGAACGUGACUUUUUUUGUGUUUAUCUCUUGAUGUGGAAACAAAUGUAAAUGAAUUCAAUUUCAAUUAGAGUUGGACGAUGAAGUCUAUAAGACUAAAACACCUCUAAGCACAGAGCGCAACCGUGUAGAAGCGGGCCGCGCAGGGGAUUUCUUGCAGAUCGCCCGACUUGAGGAUGAAGUGGAGCAAUUGCGGCAACUAGCGAGUACUACUGCGACCACCGCGGCGUCUUCUUCGAGCAAGAGAGCGAUCACGAGGCUUCUUCCACCUCAGCGACUGCCAUUACAACAGCCUUCUGAAGAAGCAGGCCCUGGUGCCCAAAGUGCACUGCCACAACGACCAAACGCUGCCAGUUGUAGUGCUCUUGUAGGUGGAUCAUCUUCUUCAAGUACGAUUAUUCAAAGUGCUUUUUCAGCAAAGCAGUUGGCGGCAUUGCGUGGUGGUACAACUUCUGGGAAAGUUGUAACUGAUAGUACUGGUCGUAAGGUGGGACAAUUUAUUCCUCGAAGCAGUAGUAACCAUGAACCUGGUCGUCCAACAACUAUUGAGUACGACGGCGGAAAAGAGGACGAGGACGCUGCGCCAAUGGCGUUGUGCGGUAAUGCGGGAGGCGGUGGGACGGCAGAUGGAGAAAUUAUACAAUCUCAUCAACAAACAAGUGGUAUUCGAGAGGAUCGUCGACAGCGACUGGUGGUGCAGCAGUGCUCCUCCUCGUCUCCGGGUGAAUGAAUAUCAUUUGUUUCCCCUCAACCCCAUGGUCAUGCAACAAUACUUAUAAAUCAAACUGUCGAUCCCUAACCCUAUUCUCAAAUCCAGUUGUACAAAAAAGACGCAAGAUGCUGAGAUGAACCGCAAUAUUUCAAUGACAAUUUCUAGACUUAUUUUUAUUCAUGGGACGGCGACGGCCCGAAAAGAAAUGUUGGGUUGUCAAUGGGAGCAGGAAGCGAUACAUCGAAGGAUGUUCGUUACUUUAACGGAACGAGUGGAUGUCCACUGUCACAGUUGUUGUGGCGUC